AUGGACUCCCCCAACGGCCUGAGAAAUGGCAAGUCCAUCUCCCCCGACGCGAUGGCAAUCUCCACGCCCUCCGCGAAUGGCAACGCCAAUUCCGCCCCAGAUGCGAUGAAUGUCAAACUUGAGCCGUCUGGCGACAUGAAGGUUCCUGCUUCGGCUUCUGCCUCUGCCUCUCCUGCUGCCUUCACCUCCGCAACCUCCGAUCAAUUCAAUCCAGAAGCACACCCGAAAAUGAAGGCCAGCCCCUCCGACGAGGAGACGGUCGGCGGCGACAUCCUCCUCAAACAGGAGCCCGGCCAGCCUCCCAAGCUGUCGCGUAGCUCCUCGCAAAAGGUUGUGUCGCGCCCACCGCAGCUCUUCGAUCACUUACCCGACAGCACUCAAGAUGCCCUCGCGACUUUCGAGCAGAUCCAGGCCUGCUGGUACGCGAAUAAAUACAUGGGCUACACGGAACACGCAAUGGAGUGUGACUGCUCCGAGGAGCGGGAUGCGAAACACGGCCAGAAUCAAGCCUGUGGCGACGACUCCGACUGCAUCAACCGAGCAACCAAAAUCGAAUGCGUGGGCGACUGCGGCUGUGGCGCCGACUGCCGCAAUCAACGAUUCCAGAACAAAGAAUAUGCGCAGGUCUCGGUCAUCAAGACAGAAAAGAAGGGCUUCGGGUUACGCGCCGAGACAAAACUCGAACCGCACCAGUUGAUCUUCGAGUAUGUCGGCGAAGUCGUGGGCGAGGCCCAAUUCCGGCGCCGCAUGAGACAAUAUGAUGAAGAGGGCAUCAAACAUUUCUACUUCAUGUCCCUCAACAAGGGCGAAUUCGUGGACGCAACGAAACGUGGCAACCUUGGUCGGUUCUGCAACCACUCUUGUAACCCCAACUGCUAUGUCGACAAGUGGGUGGUGGGUGAGAAACUGCGAAUGGGAAUUUUUGCCGAGCGAGUUGUGGAAGCAGGCGAAGAGUUGGUCUUCAACUACAACGUCGAUCGAUAUGGAGCCGAUCCCCAGCCUUGCUACUGUGCCGAGCCGAACUGUACCGGGUUUAUCGGUGGCCGUACCCAGACCGAACAAGCCACCAAGCUCUCGAAUGCGACAAUUGAGGCCCUCGGUAUCGAUGAGGAGGACGCUUGGGAUACCGUGGUUGCCCGGAGGCCCAAGAAGAAGAAGACCGAAGAGAACGACGAGGAGUAUGUGGACAGCGUGCAACCCAAGUCCCUUCAGGAGGAUGGCGUCACCAAGGUCAUGGCGGCUCUCAUGCAAUGCCAGGAGAAAUGGAUUGCCGUCAAACUUUUGGGCCGCAUCCAGCGUUGCGAGGACGAGAGGGUGUCCAACAGGGUUGUCAAGAUGCAUGGUUACCAGAUUCUGAACUCCCAACUCGCGCAAUGGAAAGAGGAUCACAAUGUCGUGCUGCAAAUCCUGGACAUCCUGGACAAGUUCCCACGAAUGACUCGCAACAAAAUCAUUGACUCCAAGAUCGAAACGAAUAUACAGCCUCUCACCACUUGCGGCGACGAACGUGUCGAGCAGAAAGCCAUCGUCUUAUUGGCCGAUUGGGCAGACUUGAAGGUAGGCUACCGCAUUCCGCGUAUGAAGCGGGACGAGCAAGCCAAGAAAGCAGUGAAUCAAUUCGAGCGCCGGGAAUCCGGUCGCGAGCAGCGUCAACGCUCUGUCACACGAUCACCCUCACCCUCAUACGAGGCCCGACAACGCCCGACUCAACCACGACGAGAGAGAAUUCAACACCAACAGAACCAGCGGCCUCGACCGAAUCGUCGGCGCCAGCUCCCGGACCGUCAGCUCCCAGACGGAUGGUUCCAGGCAGAGGACGAGUCAGGUCGCUUCUACUACUAUACAGCUGAUGGCAAACCUACAUGGCAGAAGCCGACGGCUCCUGCGACUCCUGCUGCACCAACAGCACAGAAGAAGAACUUGGCUUUGCAAAGCAUUAUCGACGGGAUUGUCAAUUCGCAAGAAAAGACCCCAACCUCCGAGCACAAGAUUGAUACCCCCGACACCCCGCAACCGGCAUCUGACCAUCAAGAGAAGAAGCGAGAGGAUAAAGGAUGGAGGAAGCUUUCUAUAGAGAAGCAGAAAAAGCUAUACGAGAACACAGUACGUCUAAUCACCCCAACAUCCCCGGCCAUGGCUAACCAACUCUCUCAGCUAUUCCCCCACAUCAAGCCAUUCGUCGAUAAAUACAAAAAUAAGAUCCCAAAGGACGAUCUCAAACGCUUUGCUAAAGAGACGGCCACCAAACUCGUGAAUAGCGACUAUAAAGCCAACCGCGUAACCGACCCCACAAAAAUCAGUGACAAGCACCAACAAAAAGUCAAAAGCUUCUGCAAAGACUACUUCGACAAAGCCUACAAAAAACACAAAGAGCGCAUGGAACGACGGUCCAAAUCCAGCAGCUCCAGCGCCGCCAACACAACAGCAUCAACAACAACAACAACACUCCCCAUCCAACACAAAGAAACAGAAGCAGAUUCCACACCCGCAGACGCAGACGAGGACGUCACCAAGCUCUCCGACGACGAAGCAGGUGGUGAUGGUGAUGGUACAACAUCGACCUCACCAAUGGACGACGACGCCUCGGCCUCAGCCUCAGCCUCACUGAAGCGCAAACGUCCCGAGGAAAUCGAUGCCGAGAAUUUACUCAAUGGUUCGUCGGCAGAUGCUGGCUCAGCUUCUCCUUCCAAACGACAGAAAUCUACACCCCCGCCGCCCCCUCCUCCGCCCCCUGAUGCUGAUGCUGACGCCGAUGCCGAUCUUGGCGAUGAGACGCCAAAACUUGAUGACGAGGAUGAUGAAUCCGCUCCACCUCCACCUCCGCCCCCACCGCCUAAGGACGAGCAUUCGAAGUCUCCUGAUGAAUAUCCCGUUGAGAUGGAGGGUGUUCAGCAACAGCAGCAACAAAAUGGUGUUCAGGUGCAGGGGAUAUAG